AUGCCUCUUAUUACUGUAUCUGGGUUACCGUCAUCGGGAAAGACCACUCGAGCACUUCAACUGAAGGCUGGACUGGAACGAAAAAUCGCUGAAGUUAACUCUGAUUUGACUGUGUACCUGAUUAAUGAUGAGAGUUUAUCUAUUUCGAAAGAGACUUAUCGAGAACUACAUUCAGAGAAAGCCACCCGUGGUGCUCAGAUUUCAGCUGUGAAACGUCAUCUCGGUAAAAAUACUAUAGUGAUAUUCGACAAUCUUUCAUAUAUUAAAGGGUUCCGAUACCAGUUAUUCUGUGAGGCAAAAGCACUAUCAACCAAUGCAUGUCUAGUUCAUGUUGGUGCGCCAAAAGAUAUGUGUGUGGCAUGGAACAAGUCCAGACCAGAAGGUGAAGCAUGGCCAGAAGACCUCUUUGAUGCUUUAGUCUUUAGGUAUGAGGAACCCAACCCAAUGUCAAGAUGGGACUCACCUUUAUUUCCUAUUGCACAUGAAGACACAGAAGCUGAUAUCCCAAUAGACGAAAUUUGGGAUACUCUUGUACUACGGAAACCCAAGCCUCCUAAUGCAGCCACUGUAUUGAAGCCUGUCACAGCUGGCAACUAUCUGACCGAACUUGAUAAAAUCACAACUUCCGUGGUCAAUGAGAUUAUUGAUUUGCAUAAAACCUCGCCUGGAGGACUUGUAAAACUAGACGCAUAUGAUCCAGUUGUCCAGCUGCCCAUGCGACUCACAGUUGCCAGUCUCAAUCGUAUCCGACGGAACUUUGUUACCAUUAACAAGAUGAAACCCAUCGAAGUCUCACGUAUCCGUCCUCAUUUCAUCGAGUUUGCUAUAAAAAACCUCAGUGCUGAUAUGUAA